AAAAAGAUUAUUCUUCGUUUCUUCGAUUUUCAAAAUGAAACUUAACUUUUUAAUACUCUCAUUAAUAUUCGGAGUAAAAUGUUCAAAUGACGAUAAUACCGUAGAUGACGACGUCUGGUCAAGUACGGGUACAAAGAAAGGGAAGUUAUUUUGGCCUUACCACGAAUCUGUUAUAGAUGCUAUUUACAAUACUGCCAAACAUGGACCGAAAAAAAACAUUGGCAAUUAUUUUGAUUUCCUACGAGAUCCCUACGGACUACCCCCUGGACUUUCAUCCCCACUCCCCGAAUACGACUUCAUCAUAGUAGGUGCUGGAUCAGCCGGCAGUGUGCUAGCAUCUCGGCUAUCGGAAGACAGGAACACUACUGUUCUACUGCUGGAAGCUGGCAAGCCAGAGAUGCUGCUUACAGAUAUACCAGCAAUGGCUCCCUACUUCCAGGCUACUGACUACACCUGGCAAUACUACAUGGAGCCCCAGCCUGGAGUUUGUUUGGGUAUGGAAAACCAGCGAUGCUUUUGGCCACGGGGUAAGGCAGUGGGAGGGACCAGUGUCAUCAAUUACAUGAUCUACACGAGAGGAAGGCCGCAAGAAUGGGACAGAAUAGCGGCAGAUGGCAAUUAUGGAUGGUCCUACAAUGAUGUCCUUGAAUAUUAUAAAAAAUCUGAAAAGGCCAAGCUUGAUGGAUAUGAAAAUAGUCCAACUCGGAACAAAGAUGGUAAAAUGCCAGUGGAGUUUGUGCAAAGAAGAACCAAAUUAAUAAAGGCGUUUUUAGAAGCUGGAAAACUACUUGGACAUCCAACAAUAGACUACAAUUCUCCGGAUGAACUUGGUUUUGGGCACGUCCAAGUAACAAUUGAAAAUGGCCACAGACAAAGUGCGGCAAAAGUAUUUCUACACAAACAUAAAAACCGACGAAAUCUCCACAUCCUCCCAGAAAGCACUGUUGCAAGAGUACUAAUUGAUGCACAGACCAAAACAGCAACUGGAGUUGAAUUUAUAAGAAAAGGAAAAACACAUGUCAUCAAGGCUAGGAAAGAAGUAAUUGUGUCCUCUGGGCCCAUAGCCUCACCUCAGCUUCUGAUGCUGUCUGGUAUAGGUCCCAAAGACCACCUCAUAUCAAAGGGUAUACAUGUUAUACAAGACCUUCCUGUCGGUCAAACUUUAUAUGAUCAUAUAUGCUUCCCGGGCGCAAUAUUCGAGCUUAACACAACAGGAGUUACGCUAAGCGAGAACAGAGCCUUAGAUCUAUCCUCUAUUUUCUCUUGGCUUAGAGAUGGUGAUAGUGACUUGGCAAGUCCUGGUGCAGUAGAAGGAAUAGGGUAUAUAAAAACUCCUGUCUCCAGCGAUCCUGAACCGAUUCCCGACAUAGAACUAAUCAGUAUUGGAGGAUCAAUAUUAGCAGAUGGAGGACCUGGUGGAAGCAAGGCUGUUCGAAAAGGAAUGAGAAUAAGAGAAGAAGUUUUUAAUGAAGCAUUCGGACCAAUAGAUAACAAAGACGCGUGGAGUGCAUUUCCCAUGCUGCUACACCCGAAAUCUGUGGGUCGUUUGGAGUUAAAAGAUCGAAAUCCAUUCAGUCAUCCCAGAAUGUAUGGAAAUUAUUUGAGUGAUCCAAGUGAUGUAGCAACAUUUGUGGCAGCCAUACGCCACAUUCAGGCAUUGGUUGCUACGGAGCCAUUUCAAAAGUUCGGGGCACGAGUUUACCCAGCAAACUAUCCAGCUUGUCGUUCUACUGUGUUUGACUCGGAUGAAUACUGGGAAUGCGCUAUUCGGACACUGACUGCGACUCUUCAUCACCAGAUUGCAACUUGCCGUAUGGGACCCGUUGGCGAUCCAUUAGCUGUAGUAGAUCCGGAACUACGUGUACACGGUAUUUCAAGUUUACGUGUAGUGGAUUCAAGUGUGAUACCACGCACAAUUUCAGCACAUACUAAUGCACCGGCGAUAAUGAUCGGAGAAAAAGCUGCGGACAUGAUAAAAGACAGUUGGAGUGCUAACAAGAAAGUGUAUCGAUAUAAUAAUAAGUAAAUCUGAGAACCAAAAGUAAGUACCAUAAGAAGACGUAUAGGAAAUAAAUGUCGACGACACGACGUCUGAUUAGUUACGCUUGUUAUAAUUUACUCCUCAUUUUAAAACAGCUCAGAAACAAUGUAUAGCAAAUUGUAAAAUAAUUUUAAGGAACCCUAAUCUUAAGUUUAGUAUUACAUUAAAAUUAGUAUUACAUUUAAUUAAAGUAAUCUUCUGUAAGUAUGUAAUAUAUCCAUCAUACAGCUUUUGACAUAUGAUAAAUUUAUGUUCGGCGUUACCACCAGUCGAAGUGAAAGUAAAGUUUGCAAUCAAGCUAUCAAUAUCGCUUCAACCCAC